GACAAGAGGGAUGAGGAGGAGCAAGGAGAAAAAAAGAGAUACAGUUUAAAUUAAACAGGACAACAUGGGAGACAUGCUGUGUGUCAGUGCUGUCAGACCAGGAUGCAGCAGCUGCUGUUCAGAGAGAAGGGGCUCCCAACAAAUCCAAGGCCUUCAGCACAAGGAAGCAGUGACUGCAGCAGAGCAGAGACAAGGCAUCCUGUUUGGAGCUGCCACAUCCUAUGUACAUCUAGAGAAGCUGUGUGAAGGAUCCUGUGCAACUGUGUACAAGGGCAUCAGCAGGAUCAACAGCCAGGUGGUGGCACUGAAAGUGAUCAAGCUGGAGGCAGAGGAGGGAGUGCCCUUUACAGCCAUUCGGGAAGCUUCUCUUCUCAAGUGUUUGAAACAUGCCAACAUUGUACUGCUUCAUGACAUUAUCCAGACCGAGGAGACACUAACAUUUGUCUUUGAGUACAUGCACACAGAUCUAGCACAGUACAUGGGCCAGCAUCCUGGAGGACUCCAUUGGUGCAAUGUUAUGCUCUUCAUGUUCCAGCUUUUGCGUGGCCUGGCUUACAUCCACCAACAACACAUUCUUCACCGAGAUCUGAAACCCCAGAACUUGCUCAUCAGUUGCCUCGGUGAGCUCAAAUUAGCCGACUUUGGCCUUGCUCGUGCCCAGUCCAUCCCCAGACAGACAUACUCCUCUGAAGUUGUGACACUCUGGUACCGUCCUCCUGAUGUGUUGCUUGGAGCUACAGCUUAUUCUUCUGAUAUAGAUAUCUGGAGUGCAGGCUGUAUAUUUGUGGAAAUGAUCCAGGGUCAGCCAAUAUUUGCAGCAACUUCUGGUACUCACGAGCAGCUGGAGAAGAUCUGGGCGGUAUUGGGGAUCCCAACUGAAGACACCUGGCCAGGACUUUCCAAGCUCCCCAACUAUAACCCAGAACUGGUUGCUUCCAGGAGACCUCAGAGACUCCGAGUCAUCUGUGACAGGAUGAGCAGGGUGCCAGCAGCAGAGAAUUUGGCCUCCAGGAUGCUCACAGCCUUCCCUCGAGGCCGAAUCUCUGCACAAGAUGCGCUUCUUCAUAGCUUCUUCAGCCCUCUGCCUCCUCAGCUCUAUCAGGUUCCUGCUGGACAAUCAGUGCUCACAGUUCCGGGGGUGAGACUGCAACCUGAGAUCUGUGACCUGUUUGCUUCUUACGGGAAAGGCCGUGUCUCAGGAGGUUUGAGCAAGUUUUGGUAGAAAUCAUGAAAGAUUGAAUAAUUGUUGGUAAGCAUGUAGUUGCCAUUGUCAAAGCCUCUGCCAUCACCCUUAGGACAUUAAUUCCUUCAUGUAUUGAAGGUGGGAAAACAGAUUUGAUACUCAGGGCUGGAUGAUCACAUCCAGGGUGAGAACAAAGUGGGACAUCUCAUAUUCAGAGAGAAGAGAUCAGCGAGCCAGCGGCCCCCAGUGAACAAUGUUCAGUGCUAUCAUGGGAGGUUUGGAUUUGUUUUGUCAUAUUGCUGAGUCUCUGACCAAUGCCCUUUCCUCCACUGCCUCCCCAGUCAAAGUAUUGCUUCAUUUCCCCAUUGCUUAAACUGACCAAAUUGCUUUGUUCUCCCUUGUCCUUGCCUACUGAGUUCACAUUUCAAACUUUACUUGUUUUGAUUUCACAGACAUUGGAACCUGAGCACAGCUAGGCAAAAUCUCCUUAUCUUGUAAUAUCUUUGGUUUUAAUUAAUCACUAUUUUAAUGUCAGGUUUCACAGCGAUGCUUCAGCAUCAAUAUUUUUCAUCUUUUUGUUACAGAAGACCAAAAGGUCGCUUAAAAUCACUGUUAU